CACAUUCACGUAAUCCUUGUUGAAUCUCCAAGUCACCUCUUAUAUUAUCAAUUGAAUCUCACACAAAAUUCCACAUUCUACCUAUUCCAAUUCAAACAUAUCUGAUACACUUUAUACAUCAUCGAUCAAUUUCGCAAAUUGUUUUCAUUUGUUGAUAUUAUCAAUUUUGCACUCCGUGUUAAUUGAUUUGUUCCUUUCUAUAUGGCGAUGAGUCUAAACCAGAUCGGAGCGAUAUCCGGUACACCAAUCCCAACCGAAUCAGCAGGAGGAGAGACAACAACAACAGCAGUAGUGAGUGCGUCCGCCGUAUGGAGGUCUCCACCGGCGAACAUCAGAGUAUCCGUACAGAAACAAUCAACAGAGGCAGACCGGUUAUCACCAUCUCCACCAAUGAGUCCGGUUCGAGGCGGAAUAAGGGCGGAUCUGUCGGUGGCGUGCCAGGCGUUGAUGACGGAGGAGGAGGUGGUGGUGAAGGAGCAUCGAACCGGUGCUGGUGGGGUUAAGGAAACGAAGGGGGUGCCGGUGUAUGUGAUGAUGCCGUUGGAUAGUGUUACGAUGGGGAAUGGAGUGAAUAGGCGGAAGGCGAUGAACGCGAGUAUGCAGGCGUUGAAGAGUGCGGGGGUGGAGGGGGUGAUGAUGGAUGUGUGGUGGGGGUUGGUGGAGAGGGAGGCGCCCGGUGAGUAUAAUUGGGGUGGUUAUGCGGAACUGUUGGAGAUGGCCAAAAAACAUGGGUUGAAAGUACAGGCUGUUAUGUCUUUUCAUCAGUGUGGCGGGAACGUCGGUGAUUCUUGCACGAUACCUCUUCCAAAGUGGGUGUUGGAGGAGUUAAAUAAGGACCCUGAUCUUGCAUACACAGAUCAAUGGGGAAGGAGAAACAAUGAAUAUCUUUCCCUUGGGUGUGACACCAUCCCCUGCCUCAAGGGCAGGACUCCCAUUCAGUGCUACUCCGACUACAUGCGCGCUUUCCGCGACAAAUUCAGUCAUCUCCUUGGUGACACUAUUGUGGAAAUUCAAGUUGGAAUGGGUCCAGCCGGUGAGCUUCGAUACCCAUCUUACCCUGAGAAAGACGGAAAAUGGAGAUUCCCCGGAAUUGGUGCCUUCCAGUGUUAUGAUAAGUAUAUGCUUAGCAGUUUGAAAGCGGCAGCUGAGAACUAUGGUAAGCCCGAAUGGGGCAGCACGGGCCCGACAGAUGCAGGCGAGUACAACAACUGGCCCGAAGACACCAAUUUCUUCAAGAGAGAAGAUGGUGGAUGGAACAGUGAGUAUGGCGAGUUCUUCCUCUCAUGGUACUCGCAGAUGCUAUUGGAUCAUGGAGAUCGGAUACUCUCGUCGGCCACCUCAAUUUUCGAAAACCAAGGGGUCAAAAUCUCGGUUAAAGUCGCCGGCAUCCACUGGCACUACGGAACCCGGUCCCACGCCCCUGAGCUCACCGCUGGCUACUACAACACACGUUACCGAGACGGGUACCUCCCAAUAGCCCGAAUGCUGGCACGUCACAGUGCUGUUUUCAAUUUCACGUGUAUUGAAAUGCGGGACCACGAGCAGCCUCAGGAUGCGCAGUGUGCACCGGAGAAGUUAGUGCAGCAAGUGACAUUAGCGACCCGGGAAGCACAGGUGGCUCUAGCGGGAGAGAACGCGUUACCAAGAUACGACGAUUAUGCACACGAGCAGAUCUUGAACGCGGCUUCAUUAUCGGAUAACGAUGAAAUGUGUGCUUUUACGUACUUAAGGAUGAAUCCGGAGUUGUUUCAGGCUGAUAAUUGGAGGAGAUUUGUAGCGUUUGUGAAGAAGAUGAAAGAGGGGAAGGAUGUGCACAAGUGUUGGGAGCAAGUGGAACGAGAGGCGGAGCAUUUUGUGCACGUGACUGAGCCGUUGGUGCAGGAAGCCGCGGUUGCACUUACGCAUUAGAGACCAUCAAUUAUUUGGUUUGGUUUGGUUUCUAUAUUGUUAGUACUUACUCUGGUUAUUAGAUGAGUAAUAGGGUGGGCUUUGUUUAAUUUCUUAAUAGCAGUGUAAUAAAGAGUGGGCUUUGUUUUAAAUACAAGCCAUAUACACUUUGUUGUAAAGUUUCAUACAGCUUAAAGAAGCACCUUUGAUUAUA